AUGGAGAUACAAGCACUUCUGAUUGCUCUGCUGGUGGCUCUUCUGAUUUUGGUCUAUCUGAGACAACUCUGGUCACGCAGACACUACCCUCCUGGGCCUCUUUCCCUUCCUGUCAUUGGAGGCCUGUGGCGAGUUGGAAUUAGACUUCAUGAAGAUACUCUCAUUAAGAUAGCAAAGCAAUAUGGAAAUAUUUACACUCUGUGGCUAGGACAUCAGCCUGUGAUAGUUGUGUCUGGAUUCCAAGCUGUGAAAGAAGUGCUGAUCAACCACACAGAAGCAUUCUCUGAGCGACCACCGACUCCUUUCCUAAAAGCUAUAGGAAGAGAAAGGGGUCUUAUAUUUUCAAAUGGUCACACCUGGAAGCAGCAGAGACGGUUUGCUGUAGUGACCAUGCGGAAGCUGGGACUGGGGAAGAAAGGCAUGGAGCACCAAAUACAAAAAGAGGCCCAGCAGCUUGUGGAGACUUUUGCACGUGCAAAUGGGCAGCCACUUGACCCUUCCUUGCCCAUCUUGAAUGCAGUCUCCAACGUGAUUUGUGCUGUGACAUUUGGACACCGGUUUUCUCUUGAAGAUGAAAAAUUCCAGAAACUGAUUGAAGCCAUUGAUGUUGGUGUAAAAUUUAUAGGCAGCAUCAUUUAUAUUUUGUAUGAAAUAUUCCCAUGGAUCAUGAUCCAUCUUCCAGGACCUCACAAAAAGGUGUUCGCCGCCUUUGAGUUGGUGCUUUCAUGUAUAAGGGAGGAGACAGAGAAGCACAAGGAGCAACCAUCCUUUCAUGAGCCACAGGAUUUCAUUGAUUUUUAUCUUCUUCUGAUUGAGAAAAGCAGGAAUGACCCCAACUCUACCUAUGAUGAAGAGAACCUGGCUCACUGCAUUCAUGACUUCUUUAUCGCGGGAACAGAGACAACCACCACUUCUCUGAGAUGGGCACUUCUCCUCCUGACCAAUCAUCCAGAUAUCCAAGAUAAAGUCCACAAAGAGAUAGAAGAUGUUUUUGCUUCAUCAUGCUCAAUCUGCUACCAAGAUAUAAAGAAACUGCCUUACACUAAUGCUGUGAUUCACGAGAUGCAGCGUUCAAAAUAUACCUUAUUAUUUGGGGGAACAAGACAAUGUACAAAGGAUGUGAAAGUGAAUGGUUAUCUCAUUCCCAAGGGGACAUGUAUUUUUCCAAAUCUGCGCUCUAUUCUUCUUGAUCCGGAGCUGUGGAAGACUCCUGAAGAGUUCAACCCAAAUCAUUUUUUGGAUAAGGAUGGGAAUUUUGUAGCUAGAGAAGAAUUUCUGGCCUUUGGUGCAGGGGCUCGCAUAUGUUUGGCGGAGCAGCUGGCAAGAAUUGAGAUCUUCAUCUUCUUGACCAGCCUGAUAAGGGCAUUCAGGUUCCAGCUGCCAGAAGGAGUGGGAAAACUCAGUCCAGAUCCUGCAGUGCAAUUCAUAAUCCAUCCCCAUCCUUAUAAAAUCUGUGCUGUUCCCCGUUGUUGCUCAUUGUAA